GCGUCAAAAAAAAUUUAAACAACAUGAAGAAGCGCCAGUUGAACCAGCGAGAAGCCCUUUCAGGAAUUAUCAAUGUUCGAACACAACAAUGAGCAACUUUUUCAACCAUAAAUUAGUGACGGCGAUGAUUUUUGGUCAAAAAUUAGUCCUUGAUUGCUCUUUCGAGGCGGAAAUGACGGGAAGAGAAUGUGCCGCAGUAGCUGAGCAACUUCAAAAAUUAUUUGGCAUCAACAGAGCUCAUGAAGAACCUUUCGAUUUGCAUUUUUGUUCCAUAAAUCGCGGAUCAAAAGUGAUUCAAAACUUACAAAGACGCAUUCCGACGAUAUUUGACGCGAAUUUUCCGACAAAUUUGCAUGAAGACACUUAUUUGGAGCAUUUUCCAAGGAAAAGUUUAGUUUAUUUGACUCCAGAUUCGCCGAAUGAGCUUAGAAGUUACGAUCCAGAUGAUAUUUACAUUCUUGGAGCACUUUCGGAUGUCGCGAAGUACGAGCCAUACACUUAUGAAAAGGCAGAAAGACAAAAAAUUCGAACUGCGAAACUGGAUUUGAGUGAUUUGGAGUUAAAUAGAGGCGGGAGAUUGAGUUCGUUGGAAAUUCAUCAAGUUGUGGCUGUGUUAUUGGAUUUAAAAAGUAAAGUAGAUGUAAAAGAAGCAAUUAGGAGGAAUGUUAAGGCGUUGAAAAAAUAUGAAGCAACUGAAAUUGACAUAAAUCGACCAAGUUUGAAGCAUUUUCGGGAUAGUAGAUUGCAGUGUGAACUUUGGGGAGCUUAUACGAUGUUGGAAAAUUUGAAGAAACAGAGGAUGAAGAAGACUAUUUUUACGCAUAAAAAGCAUUUGUUGGAUAUUGAGGAUAAAUGAAGCAGUUACGAUCGAUGAUUGCUCGAAUUCUGCAAAUAUGGCGGCGCCCGAGUAUCCAAAGUCAUGCUCGACACAAUUUUCACGC